ACAUUUGGACCGGAUACAAGAACACGGAUGAUCUCUUAGGCGCUUAAAUAUGGUCGAAAAGCGGUGUUGUUCACGGGAAAUCGGUGAAAAUUUAAGUAGUCCCGUUAUUUGCGUGCGACAUAUACUGUGCCUGCUAAUAUUCUGCGGACUGUGCUUGAUUUAUGGCAUGCGUGUCAAUCUCUCGGUGGCCAUAGUGGCAAUGAUGGAUAAUGCAGGUGCGAAUCCGAACUUUCCAGAAUAUGCCUGGUCGGAGCAAACGAAGUCACAUAUACUAAGCAGCUUCUUCUGCGGCUAUAUAUUUGCGCAAGUGCCUGCCGGCGCCUGGGCGCGUCGCUAUGGUGGCCGCUUACUUUUGUUCAUUAGUGUAACCAUUAGUAGUGUGUUGGCGCUGCUCACGCCGCUUAGCGUCAGCCUGGGCGAUUGGCCACUGCUCUGUGCGUUACGUUUCUGUCAAGGCUUAGUACAGGGUGCCACCUAUCCAACUAUAGCCACAAUUAUGGCCGAAUGGGCGCCCAUUGAAGAGCGCAGUGCUAUGCUCACCUACUGCUGUUCGGGCUUGGAAUUGGGUAUAGUAAUGAUGUUGGCCAGCAGCGGCAUGCUUUGCUCCUCCGAUUGGGGUUGGCCAAGCACAUUCUAUAUACCUGGUGCGCUUGGUUUAAUAUGGGCCGCUAUUUGGUUUACAUUUGGUGCGAGUACACCGAACGAUUGUAAAUAUAUUACGUUAGCUGAGCGCACACUAAUCGCCACGUCUUUGAAACGUAAUAUGGCACAGAGUGAGAGGAGUAAAGUGACACAACCGAUACCAUGGUUGAAAAUCUGCACAUCCAAGCCAUUUCUGGUGCUCAUAGUGAGUCAAUGUGCGUACAGUUGGUGUUUCUGGACAUUGCUAACGCAAAUACCAUCGUAUAUUAAAAGUAUACUCGGCAAGGAUAUACAAAGUAAUGCAUUCUAUUCGGCACUGCCCUACCUUACAAUGCUCGGUCUUUCGUUGGCGCUCUGUCCACUUGCCAGUUAUUUGGAGAAAUCGAAACGUUUGAAUGCGACGGUGAGUCGUAAAAUAUUCAAUACUAUCGGCCAGUGGACGCCUGCAGUUACACUAGUCUAUUUGGGCUUUCUAAGCACCGAUCAAGCUGAUCUUGCCAUCGUAUUGCUCACACUCACUGUUACAAUUAGCACCGUUACGCACUUCGGGUUUCAAGCUAAUCACCUCGAUUUAUCGCCAUACUUCGCCGGCACUCUAAUGGGCAUCGCGAAUUCGGCGUCGAAUGUGAUGAGCGUUAUAGCACCGCUAGUGGUGGGCUACAUCGUGACGGAUACGAAAAACUUACAUCAAUGGCGCAUUAUUUUCUCUCUAGCGGGCGGUAUUAGCUUUUUCGGUAAUCUUAUGUUUCUGUUUUUCGGCACUGCUAAAGAACAGUUAUGGAAUGAAGUGCCGCAAAUGGUUGUCGAAUUAAAGCAGCGUGGUGGGGAGCAUUUUACGGAGGUGAAAAAUGUGGAAAAUUGCGCGGAAAAGGAAAAUGUUAAUGUUGGUGGUUCGAGAGAGACUAUAAAUUUAGUGUGAUUUAGUAAAAUUUUUCAAUAGAAAUUUAGAAAUAUCUUGUGAGCAUAAUCGGAAUUACUUUAGUUACAAUUAUACAUACAUAUUUAUAAGUAUUAUUAUAAUUAAAUAAUUAUGUAAGAAUAUAUAUAUUCAGAAGGUGAUUUAUUAAUAAAAAAAAUUAUUAAAAGCAAAAUA